AUCAUGUUACACACUACACAUUAAAGCAAUUAAGAAAUUUUGCAAGAAAUCAUCAUUCAUGGCAUCAACAUUGUCUAGCACUGUUGUGAAGCCAACACCUUUCCUUGGACAAGGAAGGGGAACCAACAACAACACUCUGAGAGAUGUUGUCUCCAUGGGAACUGGGAAAUACACGAUGGGGAAUGAAUUGUGGUAUGGGCCAGAUAGAGUGAAAUACUUGGGACCCUUUUCUGCUCAAACACCUUCAUAUUUGACUGGAGAGUUCCCUGGAGAUUAUGGUUGGGACACUGCUGGUUUAUCUGCUGACCCUGAAGCUUUUGCCAGGAAUAGGGCUCUUGAGGUGAUCCAUGGGCGUUGGGCUAUGCUUGGAGCAUUAGGUUGCAUCACCCCAGAAGUUCUUGAGAAGUGGGUCAGAGUUGACUUCAAGGAGCCUGUUUGGUUCAAAGCUGGGGCCCAAAUAUUCUCAGAAGGUGGGCUUGACUACCUUGGCAACCCAAACCUUGUCCAUGCACAAAGCAUCCUUGCAGUCUUGGGCUUCCAAGUAGUCCUAAUGGGCCUUGUUGAAGGGUUCCGCAUUAAUGGGCUUCCUGGUGUUGGAGAAGGUAACAACCUCUAUCCUGGUGGGCAGUACUUUGACCCAUUGGGCCUUUCCGAUGACCCAGUUACUUUUGCUGAGCUCAAGGUCAAGGAGAUCAAGAAUGGAAGGCUUGCCAUGUUUUCCAUGUUCGGGUUCUUUGUUCAGGCCAUUGUAACUGGUAAAGGCCCAUUGGAGAACCUUUUGGACCACCUUGACAACCCUGUGGCUAACAAUGCUUGGGUUUAUGCCACCAAGUUUGUGCCUGGUUCUUAGAACAAGAUAACACCUUUUCUUUUUCCUUCUUUUCUUUAAACCUCGCACUUUGCUUUUAUUGUGAAUAAAGAGACACGAUGAUUUAUAUGUAGGUUGUUAUCAUUAAA